AUGGCAACCAACAAGGAAUGCCUCGGCAGCAUUGUUGCUUUCGAGGGGCAUGCUGAGACCAUCUCGACUCAGCUACGGCUACUGCCCACCUCGCCACAGAUUCUCAUUCUCCCCAGUAUCCAAAGUUAUGUUUCGAAGGACCAACGCGAGAAAUGCUUUGACGCACGCAUUUGUGUCAAAAAGACACACGACGCCCUUAUUGCCCGGAACCAGGUCGCCCAGAGCUUCCUGCAAGCUUCGACUCCCAACAGCAAGCGCCUCGUGUUUAUGAACGGCGGCACUCCCGGUGCACAGGCAUCGUGUAUCAAGGCCAUCAUGGAGCACGAAACCCACGGCGAUUUCAACCUGGCCGAGGCCAUCUUCAACCACUUAACCAAGGAGGGCAUGGCUGGCCUUGAGAACCCAACCAGAGACUGGAGAACGAGAAACACAUUCGAGUAUUCUGGCGAGCAGGAAUUCAAUGAGGAGUUCGAGGAUCCCAUAACAAGGGCCAUGAGAGCUGCCGAUGCUUUGGAUCGCCAAACAGCCAGCUUGCAACCCUCCAACGAGAUGGAGAUGACGGGAGUCUUUCGCCCUCGAAGCAACAGCUUGCCGUUGUAUGGAUACGCCGAUAACUUUGGCGAUGCCGCUCCCUUCUUUGUCUUCGGCGCCAAAAACCAGCAAGAUGACACCGAGAGCUUGACCGACGAGGCCAUGGAUGUGGCCUGGUCGAGGCGAAAUUCCCAGCAAAGUUCUCGGGCUUCUCGAUCAUCAAUGUUUGCCAUCACACACUACGAAAAGCCGAUGGACGAGGUUUUCCCCGGUUUCACAAAUCUCCUACCUCCUUCUCCCCAGCUGUCCUACCCCAGGUCGCCUAGCUGCAUUGGCGAGGCGUAUGCAUCCUUGGUGGCACAGGCGCCUCUCGGCCCCGAGGUGUUCAAUCCUGGUUCCGACAUGUUUGGUAUUCGCUCCACAGAUAAUGUCGUGUAUGGCGAAGCAUCGCUUCUAGACAUGCGGCUUUCUGGCCGCAGGGCCACCUUGACGAGAGUCAAAUCGCUUGACCGAAUCUGGCCUGCUGCACCCAAGUACCGGGACCUAUGUAUACCGUCAGAUACGACUGAACCGGAAAGAGAGCCUGCUGGUGAUUUUGAGCGUGAGACGCCAGCUGGCUCUCGUCGACAUUCUUGUAUGGUCAUCACCAGCGCUAAGGAGGCUCGGCCAAGUCGACUGAGUUACAUCGGGGGGCCGCGGACCAUUGUUGUGAGAUCCAAUCGACCUGUUAUUAAGAUGGCUCUAGUUCCUUUCGAGAGGAAGAGACAGCCAGCGAGAGCCUCGUAUGUCGACCGAGGUACCGAUGCAGAGGUCUCUGAACAUGAGGAGCCCUUCAAGCCUGUCCUUCCCUUCAUAGAGGAUCUCGUCGUAAUUUUCAAGGACGAGGUCCCAGACAGACUCCUUGAUUCCGUCGUUGGGGGGUUCAGGGCUGGCAACUACCCUGUUGUUUUGCACUCGUCAGCUCCAUCCGAGACUGACGAAGCCCGCACAACCACUCCUAGCACACCCAAGUCUCAGACCCUCGAAGACCCGGAUUGUAUGGAUGAUUCGUUCCAGGACUCGGAUGUGGAGGGUUUCGCUCGCAACAGUUACACUGAUGAGUACGACCCCUUCGCCUAUGUGCAACCCACUUGGCCUGAAUCGAAGCCAUUAGAAAGGGCACCCGCUCUGAAGUUGCAAGUGCCCCCAACUCCGGCCCAGACGCCUCCCCCUUUCGUCUCGGAAACAGAUGAGAAACUCCAUGAAUUCUAUAUCACCACUCAGCAGACUGCCGUCACAAUUCAGAACUCACUUCGAUCUAUACUGAAAGUCCACUUCCCACCGGAAACCCAAGGCUACCGCCAGUUCCAGUUCCCCCUCCUUCCUGAACUCGAGGGGCUUUGGAGGCCAAUCUUCCGACAGGCCGAAGCGGAGAGUACACAGGAGAAUAACCGCAGAAUGGAUCAAAUCUUCGCUAUUGGAGCCCAGCGAGGUGUGAAGAAGAACUAUGCAUCCGCUAUUACCGGACAAUUAGAAAGGUUGGGGACCAAGUCGAGCGGCCUGAGCCGUAGUGGCAGGCUGGACUUCAGAUACCUCCUCGCCAAUGCCAUGCAGGCAUUCACUGCUCAGCCUCUGACAAGUCAGACUCAUGAUAACCCAUUUGCCAACCCUUACCUGCUGGCUACUCUGAUCAUUCCUCAUCUUGAGACGUACCUCGCCCUCCAUUCAGAUGUUCGGUUUCUGCUUCUCGAGUACCCUCCGGAGCACCUCCCUACCAUGCUUGCCUUGCAAAAGCUAGUUGGGGUUGACCUUAUGAAGGUAGCUCAAAUUGUGGACUCCAACAGCAAAGACUUGCCCUUCACCAACCUCCGCGGCACCGGUUCCAUCAACAGUCCCGAUCAGGGGUGCACAGGCCGAUAUGGAGCGUCUUUGUCACCAAUUGGGCCAGCCUACGAUAUUACCGUAUCAAAGGCCAAUUUCCUUCUCACUUCGACCGCGACUGAAGCGGAAAUCGCAACAUUCAUUACUACGGUCCUAAAGAUUCUCUCUGAAAUCUGCCCAUUUUAUAUCCCCGAGGAGCCACCCAAAAGGGUGACUCCGAAGAAGGAGAAGAAUAGGCCAGCACCGCUACAGGGGACAUUUUCCCCCUUUCCCCGGGUACCCUCUGGAGGUUUCAGCCCAGCCUUGUCUCCUGGUCUCAUACCAAGACUCGGUUCCCCCCCGAUACCUUCUCGGACAGCAUCUAUUGCCGAAACCGUCAGGACGUCCAAGUCGACGAGGAGCAGACACGGGACGAGCAAGUCACGACGCAAGCCAUCAACUGUUGAUUGCGAGUCCAUCCUUACCAUCGACCUCGAUGACAGCGAUUGGGACCAAGAAGACCGUCGGGUUAUGCCGACUUUGAUCAAGAGGCCAGAGAUCCGCAAGGGCAACAGCCGCAAGGCGCUUAAGUUCCUUGGGCUUGCGUAA